AUGAGGUACUUUCGAAAUGAGAUAGAACUUGUGAAAUGGACUUUCAACUAUGUGAUAGUUAACAAACCUUCUGGUAUAGUGUGUCAAGGUACUGAAUCCAAUACUUUAUUAGCUGGAUUGUUAGAAAAAUUUAAACAUCUUAAUCCAAAUCCAUCUCAAUUUAGAAUAUCCCAAAGACUUGAUAGAUUUACAACUGGAGGAUUAAUUGUGGCUAGAAAUGGGAAAUGGGCUAAUAAGAUCAGAAAAUCAUUUGCUGAUGAACCCCUGGAUUUAAGUCUUAUGAGAAGAUAUGUUGGUUUAUUGGCUAUACCUAAAAAUAAAUCAAUUCAAGACUUGGGAUUGGAAUAUUAUGUUGGAACCAAUCCUGAAGAAUCAUAUAAAGGAUUGAAGUUUAAUGAUGAGACCUUAUCUGCGGGAACUAUUGAUUUUGAUAUAGAUGCUUUGGAAAAGGAUUAUCGUGGACCAAAGAGACAACGUCAAUUAUUAAAGUAUGAUGCUGUCACUAAGUUUCAAAUACUUGAACAUUUGGGUAGAAUCCCCAGUACUAAAAUGACUUCAAAAUAUCCGGAUCUCUUUAUGAAUAGAAAGAUUAUUCCCCUUGUAUUCGAAUUAAAAACCGGAAGAAAGAAUCAAAUCCGUGAUCAUGUUUUACAAGCUUUUAAGAUACCUUUGUUAAAUGAUGACAAUUUCGCAACUUUCAAAACUCAUUCGGUUGACAAUUAUACUGAUAUUAAUAGUUCAGUUUUUAAAUCAAAUCAAAUUGGUUUACAUUCCGGACUUUUAAGGAUGAAGAAUAAAGACAAUGAAGAACAGAGUUUUGUUUUCCCCAUAUGUGCAGAAUCUGAUCGAGAGUUAUGGGAUGGAUUCAUCGACCAGAAUGGUACAUUAAUUCCUGAAAUAUCAAAAGAAUUAUUAAAUUGGAAGUGUUAG